AGCUGGCCCUCCAACAAUCCCCCUCAACCACGCGAUCCCCUGCGACCCAAAUACUGCGAACCCCCUUCGAGAAUUCAUGCCAGCCAUUUCGCACAGGCUGUACAAGCUAGCAACGUCCCUGCUGCCUCACUAGCAGGCCUCGCGUUUGCUUUUUUCCCACCUUGCACCCCGGGCGGCUCGCUGGCUCCCCUCUCAAAACCCAGCGGUCUCGACAGCCCUCGCCAACCCGGCACGACCCCAACGACACUCAAUAACCUCGAAAAUCAAUCGCUGACAGUCAUAAUUUAGUCCAGUCAUGGCAGCGACCGCCGACCUGGUCCAGCACCGUCCCAGUGCUGACCCAGAAGACAGCAACGUCUCCAGCCCGCUCUCCGAGGUUGACGACAAGGACGCCCACGACGAAGUAAUUGAGCAUAUGCAACUUGAUAGCGACCAUUCUAGCAAUGCUAGCGAUGAGAACGAAGAAAAUAAUAACAACCCUCUCGAGUCGGACAGUGCCCUCUCCGACCCUGGAUCUGACUUAGGGUCGGACGCUGGCAACGACACCGAGGCGGAGACCGAACGACUCUAUGACACGCCGAAAAAUCAGCGGCAACGCGAUGUGGUGGUGGACCAAUUCAAUAAUGGAGAAGUCUUUGAGCACACCCCUAGCAAGUUGCGGCGCUCGGCGGCGGUCGUCCGUGACGACGAGGACGAGGACGGCGAAGCCUCCAACUCAGACGACGAGCGCUCUGUUGCUUCUAGCGAUGCCGGUGACGAUGAGUCUCCCUCUAAGCCGUCCAUGCGACGAGCAAAUGCUGCGGACGACUUCAGCUCCGAUUCGCAAGGGCGGAAGCGGAAGCGAUCGCCAGUAGCGUCCGAGUCUGAUCAACCCCUCAGGAAGAGGAAACCAUCGGUCGGCGAGGCCUCUGCUGAAGACGACGAUGAUACGGCAAUGAAUGAUGACGAAAAAUUGGCGGCUCAGCUCCAGAGUGGAAUCCAGUCUGGCGCUGAGGACGAAGACGACUCGCCGAACCGCGACACCGCAACUGACGUGGAAGCACCUAACAGAAAAAUGCGAUCGGGCAAGAAAAGCUCACGCAGCAGUUCUACGAGGAGUGCCACUAAAGCCGGUGAUGACAGUGCGACUGAUAUUCCUGACGAAGGUGCCGAUGUCGCUGCCGAGGAAGAAGCCCAAGAAGAGGAGGAAGCAGAAGUGGACGAGGCCGAGAUUGCGGCAAGAAAUCAGGAAGAACAAGAACGAAAAGAAGCUGCUUUCCGGGAUUGGUCCCACAUAGAAGAAAUGUUCAACAUCUUUAGAGACAGACUCUACAAAGACCGACUUCAACGAAUCGAAGACGAGGAGCAAUCUCUGGUUGCCGAUGUCCCGACUCACAAGGAAUAUCUCAACAUGAAGCAAUGCCUGGACGAACGAUUCAAGCAGAAGACCCAAGAAUUCAACGCCGAGUACAACUUUCGAAUAAAGGCACAGGAGACCUGGGCUGUUGCGCAGCGCGCCCAAAUCUGGAGCCAGUUCUUGCAAGCUGUAAGAGAGAAGCGUGAACAAGCGCUCGAAGCUUUGAACAAGCAGUGGUAUGAUGUUCAGACAACCCGUCGAAACGCGCACAGCAUACAAGACUGGGGUCUACUCUUCCCCAAGGACCAUACCCAGCGUGUCAAGAAUGCCAUUGCAUAUGGUAACGAAGUGUCUACGCUCUCAGGCUUGGCCAAGUACGAAGGUUUCCCUUCUGGCCCCGAGAUGAAAGGCGCUUCUGCAUCCGAAUUGAAGUCUGAUUUUCUAGCUAUCGAGAAAUCGAGGAAGGUUCAACAAAAACCCAGUUUCCCAGCAAGAGACGACUACCGGCCGGCGAGCUUUAAUCGACUUGGCCCGGCUGGUGAACAAUUCAUCAAGGACACACCAUGGGCCAACCCCAAUCACUCUGUACACAAAGCCACCGUUCUGAACACGGUGGCAAAGACCGCGCAAAACAGUUCGAAAUCUGAUGCGGUACCGACAAAACUAUCAGAGUCACCGGAGCUAUCGAGAUCAAUACUGAAUCAAACGGCACACGCCAUGAAAGGCGUCGGAGGUGUACAGGCUAUCAGCCAACCCUCCACGACUGCCGUCUGAGACGCUGUCCACUUGGCUAUAGCAUGUAUAAAUUUCUUGAUACCCGGUGGUUGUUCGACGUGUGUUCAUAACGAUGGCGUUAUUUUUCGGCGAGGCUUUACAUAGUUUGCUCGCAUUUAUCAUGGCAAGGGGAACGAGCUUUAAAGGCUACACCACAGCGCAUGUUUGGGAUUUGCUUGUGCAGUGCUUCUUAGAAGCAUAUUCAUUUCGUUUCUUAUUUUUCGGCUAUUAUACACUAGGAGUUUUAUAUUGAAUUGAUUUCCCCAUCCAACCUAUGACCUGUCCGCCGGUAUUCUUCAGUAGUAUUGUACAGUUAAAUCAAGCGUACUAACGAUGUAGAACCAAUGUCUCCUGUUGCUUCACCAUCGCAAUGCUGCGUUGUACGGUUGAUUUCUUUUCGUCGUGAGUAGUGAUGUUCGAAUAUAUAUUUAGUUGCCUUGAGCAGAUUUUCUCGGCGCAUCAGGGACCUUGACGUCCUCGAAGUUGUCCUGGCCGACGGCGUUCAGGGUGUAGUAGU